UUCGGCUGCGUGCAUACUAAGCGAAAGCUCAGUUGUAGGUUGAACAACUCAAACGGUUGGGGGUUAAGUGUGUACAGCUCUUUUAUUACAGAUGCCUAACCACACACACUACACAACACACUGAUUUUCGUUCGGGGACCUGAGAGAUUUUAGCGCGGUGCAGUCCGAUCAUUAGGUCGUUACAGCUGAACAACGCUCCGUGUCAAUAUUGACAAGAUACAACAAUCAGCGACUGUCUGCAGCCCGAAGACGUGGGCUGAACAUACACUUGGAGCAAGCUGUUGGUGAAUGACAUAUGGGCGAUCGCUAGCUACACCAACCCCCAGGCGUUUACAGACAGAGGAUCUGAAGUCUUGCGGGUCAGUUCAGCUGAAGAUUUGGCGCCUGUCUUAUCCCAAAGUGAUCCUCGUGCACUUGAUCCAAGAUGUCGUACGGAUUGUUUACCCAGAUUGCGGAAAUCACAGACCACUUGUAUCUAAGCAGUGCGGCAGCCAUUACCCCAGAACGCAUUCGUUCCUUAGGCAUCACUCACAUUAUCAACUGUACCAUGGACAUUCCCAACUUGAACCUGCCAGAGGUUGAAUCUCUUCAGAUACACAUUGAUGACUCGGCCAAAGCCUAUCUCAGUGUUUAUUUUGAACGCGUUGGAGAGAAGAUUCACCAGGUGGCUGGGCGUGGGGGCAAAACACUAGUGCACUGUGUAGCUGGUGUGAGCAGAUCUGCCACUCUAUGUAUAGCCUACCUCAUGGCUUACUACGCUAUGACUCUGGAAAAGGCCCACGCUCAUGUUAAGUCUAGGAGAAGCGUCAUUUACCCUAAUGUGGGCUUCUGGCGUCAGCUCAUAGAUUACGAACGUCGUAUUUUCGGACGAAACUCGGUAAAAAUGGUGACCUCAGGAGUAGGAGCUGUCCCAGAUGUUUACAGUGAGCGUGUACGGGGUAUGGUCUGGUACCCCACAGCAACCAACCACAGUCCACCUGUAUCCUCCAGAGUGUCACGGUACAGGACUUACUGAGCAAUGGGGCCAAGUCUAGGCAGCCUGUCACGAUUUCAUGUAGUAUUGUUUAGACGUAUUUGCCCAACCUCCUCCACUUCCCCCACCCACCACCAACAGCACCACUAAAAAAAAGCCAUGAGAAAAAAACGGGACUUUUUCGUACUGUUCUUGGUGUGACAUAAGUCUGACAGGAAAACAUGGAUUGUGACCAAGAAGCAGUGUACAUGUGGGCAGGGUUCUUCUAUCAUUGUGGUCAUGGAGAAGUUAUCACGAUUAGGAAAACUUGUGCCGAUCAAGAGCAUCAAUACCUCACAGAAAUGAAAACCACUUUCGAUCCUUACCAUGUUGUCAUAUACAUGCAGAGAGAAUAAAGUUGUAACCUGUGUUCAAAGGCAACAAGGUUUUAUUUGUCUGUUAUACUGUAGGGUUGUGAAAGACGGAAACAAAGUAUGUUAGCAAAACUCUUUUAUGAGCAAAACUUACUUGUUAGGGGUUGUUUGCACAUGUACAUGUAGGUAAAAAAUAGCCAAAAGAAUUUUGACAAU